CGCGGUGUGCAGCUAAGCUAGCUACGGUCUUUCUUUUUUGCUGUGCGUGCAGUGCAGCUACGAUCUACGUACCGUGCCGUGGCCAUGGGCGCGCACCCCGACGCCAAGGACGACCCGCGGUUCCCAUGCCGCCGCCGAGCCUGCGUGCACCCACCAAUUCCACCGAACACGCCGCCACAGGUGCCCAAGCCCAACACCAGUCGGCUGGUGGACGCGCCGUCGAGCUACGCCACGGCCGGCAAGGUCCUGUUCGUCGCGGCCGGGGCGUUCGCGGGCGUCCUCCUGGCCCUCAUCGCCCUGCACCUCUACAACAGCGGCCGGCGCCAGCGCGCGCGAGAUCGUCGCCGCCUCAACCGCAGCCUGGCCAUCUACGUCGGCGACGCGGACGAGGAGGCGCCUUCGCCGCGGGGGCUCGACCCCGCGGUGCUCCGCGCGCUCCCCGUGGUCGCCGUGGCCGUCGGCGCCGGGGACUGCGCGGUCUGCCUCGCCGAGUUCGAGCGCGGCGAGGAGGCGCGCGCGCUGCCGCGGUGCGGCCACCGGUUCCACGUCGAGUGCAUCGAUGCCUGGUUCCGCGGGAACUCCACGUGCCCCCUGUGCCGCGCCGCCGUCGAGGCGCCGGACGACGCCGUGGCCCAUCCCGAGGUGCGCGUCGAUGUGGCGGCCGACGACGACGCCGCGGCCAAGGGCGGAGUGCCGGUGAUAAUCGGGCGGCACGGAUCUUGACAAGACGAGGCGGGUCUUUCCUUCCGCCCGAUCCGUUUCCUUCUGACGUGGAUGCGAGGAAGCUUCCUUGCUCCUUCCGGCACAGAUGUGCACCAGCGUCAAGGACCAUCAUCAAUUUGGGGCGCAUUUAUUCCAUCUGACUGAAUAUAUUUUUGUUGGUGA